CCACCAGCAUGCACUAGCUGACUAGCAUCUGUGUAAUCGGUGACCGCUCUUGACUUGUUAGCUCCCCGCUCCCACGGUAGCUAAAGCUAGCUAGGUGGGUGGUAGCACCACCAUGGCCUCGCCCAAGCAUUCCCAUCGCCAUCAUCGUGCGGCGGCGACGAAGCAUCGUCGGCCGCUGGCGCUGCGGCGUGCGAUGCUGCAUUCGUGCGUGUGCUUCCUGGUGGGUCUCGUGACCGGCCUGGCCCCUUCCGACUGGACGGACGCCGCCUCGCGCGCGGCCGUGCACGCGAACGGCGCGGCCACGGCGCAGGUGUUCCGCGCGCUGCACGCCAUGAACCAGACGGCGGCGGCGGGGGCACUGGGCCAGCUGCUGGCGCUGCAGCACUACCAGCAGCAGCCAGUGGUGGAGAAGGAGAAGGAGAAGGAGAAGAAGCCUCUGGAUCUGGUGGUGGUGGUGACGACUACGACGACGUCGACGGGGUUGUCGGAGCGCGAGCGGCGGUCGGCGGGUCUGACGCGCACGGCGCACGCGCUGCGUCUGGUGUCCCCUCCCCUGGUGUGGCUGGUGGUGGAGGCGGCCCGGGAGGCUGGUCCCACGGCACGGCUGCUGCGGCGCACGGGGGUGGUGUACCGGCACCUGACCUACGCGGAGAACUUCACAUCGGAGGCCUGGGAGGAGGAGCGGCACCACCAGAGGAACCAGGCGCUAGCGCACAUCGAGCGGCACCGCCUGCGCGGCGUCGUCCUCUUCGCGGGGCUCGCCGACGUGUACGACGGCCGCCUCCUGGAGCAGCUCAGGCGGCACAUCAGGACAAGGAGUGUGGGCGCGUGGGCAGUGGCGACAGUAUGGGAGCAGGAGAAGAGGGUGGCCGUGGAAGGGCCCGUCGUCGUCUGCAACACCACCACCACCACCACCAGCGCAGCAUCCACAGCAUGUGCAUGGUUCUCCGCCUCCGACUCCACAUUAUUGGCGGCAGCGGCAGCAGCAGCGCCCCCAGUGACGGCCGACGACUCCGUCCACGGCUUUGCCUUCGCCAGCGACCUCCUCUGGGACCCUUCCAGGUGGGACCGCUUCCCCACAUCCGAGCCCGACCAGUCGCAGGAUUCGAUCAAGUUCGUGCAAAGGUUGGUGAUGGCGGAGUACAACAAAACGAGGGCCAUCAUCCCUGCAGACGACGAUUACUCCUCCAACCGUUCUCAAAUCAUGGUGUGGCGUGUCGACACAACGCUGCUCUAGCUAGCCCUCUUGCCACGCUAAGAGCGAUAGAUAAAGAUGCAUGCAUGCUUAAAAUAAACAUUCCAUGACUUAUUACAUAGUAAUGCCAUACACGUACGUAUGUAUAUGUAAACUUUUGCUGCAUUAGAAUUAUAUAUAUAGGGAAAAGAAUGGCAAGCAGCAGUCUGCAUCAGUCGUUGUCGUCGAAAUGCUCAAGGCAACGCAUCGCAUCGCAUCAUCCUCUUGCUUGCCUGCGUGCAAUCCUUUUCUUGUCCGCCCUGCAUUGCAUGUCCCUUUUUCUUUUUCUUCUUGUUUGCCUUGUGCGGCUAUCUGUCUUGCAACCCGGCCUGAAGAAAAGGAAUUCGAUUUCAAAAAAAAGAUCUCUAUAAAAAUUUAGUAUUAGUUUUAGGGGCAAUUCCCUUUAUGAUAUCGGAAAAUAUACUUAUU